AUGACCGUGCUGGAACUUGCGGAGAGCGUCAAUUAUUUGGACAUGGACUUUGAGCUAAUCAUGGCUCUGAUACCCGUUUUCUGUUCUUUAUGUGCUCCCACAAUCAAGAUCACGGGAUCGUACUCUCGGAUAGCUCUGGUGAUCAUUUCUGGCACCUUUCCAACCUUGAACUCCAACACAAUCUUGAUUUUCUUAUCUUUGGAAUUCAAUUUGGCAAUGCUUUCCAGAAUCUGCUCUCCUUCCUCCUUAUAG